GGUUUAGGCACCCGACCGCCGCAGCGUCCCCGCCGCCACGACCACGAGCGAAAGGAGGUCGCCGGAAGAGGGGGCGCGGAGAUGAGCGGGAGCGCGUUCAACGCGUUCAAGUCGCGGGUGCCGGUGGCGUGGAGUCCCCGGCUGUACAUCACGCUGGUGCGGGGCCUCCCCGGGACGCGGCGCCUCCACCGCCGCACGCUCGAGGCCAUGCGCCUCCGCCGCUGCCACCGCACCGUCGAGCACCGCACCACGCCGUCGCUCCUCGGGAUGCUCACCCAGGUGAAGCGCCUCGUCGCCGUGGAGACCGAGGAGAUGUACAACGCGCGGAAGCAGGCCGAGGCGGAGAGGCGCGCGCCCAGACCCCCGCUCGUCGUCUCCCACCAGCCACAGCCGCCGGCUCCGAAGCCGGCAGCCGCCGCCGCGGUGGGUGCCGCUACCACUGCGCAGUAGCCUCCGGGCAUCAGAAGCCUUUCAUCACAGUUCAGCGGCAUAAUAAUUGAUUUGCCUGUGUUUGGGUCUGCUGGUUUUCAGACGAUCGCUUUGGGUCUUCUUGCUCAACGAGAUCUAGCAACGGAUUUGAUCGAUCUUCUCAAGAUCGUUGUGUGGUGCAACCUGCAUUGACCCUGUAUUUUAGAUUGUUUUAUAUGAACUAGGCGCACGGUUUUCCAAUGCUUUUGUCUAGAAUCAAGUCCAAUGAUUUGGUUUAAAUUACUAAAUUCUCUG